UGUCCUUGAUUAUUAUAAAGAAUAUAUAUAUAUAAAGGUAGUAAAAGCCCUCGAAAUGCUUCUCAUAACGUUCCAACAAUAAGCUUCUUUCUUCCUAAGAUUCUUCGUUCUUGACAAAGGCACUCCUGCUUGCAAUCAGAGCAGCCAGCGAUUUCACACUUGAAAUUUCCAUCAGAUCAAAAAAGGCCACAUCAGCAUCAAGCUGCCUUAACAUCCAUGUCCUUAGCUCAACAGUCACAAGGGAGCCGAGUCCUUGAGGACCAUGGAGCUCUGCACGCAGCCCUUGACGGGUGGCAUGCCAGCCGAGAAGCAUUCGUUGAGGGCGUUCUGGAGUGAAUUCAUAUCGGAGACAUCGCAGCAUGGGGCGGCGACGCGAACGCCUUGCUCUUCGAGGUCGUGGAUGAGUUCAUUGGCCAAUACCUUGGCCUUGCCGGAUCUGGAGAGCAGAAUGAGGUACUUGGCACCUCGACUCGCCAUCCACCUAGCAAUGCUUCGGCCGAGACCGCCUAGGCCGCCAGAGAUAACAAAAGUGGCAUCGGGAUCGAAGUCGUAUGUACUCUUCCGGCUGGGAACAAUCUGCGAGCAAUCACGUUGAGAUCACCGUCGUCAAAGGCGAUGGGGGAUGGAUG